AUGGUCUCGUUUUCCUGCGAGAACUGUGGGGACGUCCUCACCAAGAAGAAACUCGAUCCCCAUCGCAACCAGUGCUAUGGCGCCUCGUACACCUGCCUCGACUGCAUGGUACAUUUCCAGGGCACUAGCUACCGAUCUCAUACAAGCUGCAUCAGCGAGGACCAAAAGUACCAGGGCAAGCUCUACAAGGAGAAGAAGCCCAAGGGCCAGCAACAGAAGAACAACAGCAGCAGCAACAACGCACAGCAGAACAACGACUCCAAGGCUCUCGUUCCCCGCAAUGCAUAUGUCGAAGACGCCCCGGACACCGGCGCUGUCGCCAUUGUCGAUGCUCCCCCACGAGCUCCAAGCCCGCCGCCCGCCUCACGGUCCCUGGGAUAUGAGGAGCGCGCCGCUCUCCCAGACGUGAACGUCUUCGACUUCCUCGACACCUCCGAAACACCCAAUGCCUCCCGCGUGAACCUCAAUCCCGUCGAUGAAUCCCGCAUGAUCGAAGACAGCAUACCACCCGCCUACGAAGAGCAUGCGAGCAAUCCCGCUCCCGAUGCUCUACAAUUUCAGGCGCAGGACGAGCAGUACAACCAGAAUGGCUAUACCUACGGCGAGGGUGCCAUUCCAGCCUCCAACGAUCGCCACGACUCCUUCUACCUCACCCGCGAACAAGAACCAAACUUCAACUUCACAACCCCAGCCCCGAAGGUCAAACACACCAAAUCCCGCGACAAGGAUCCCCAACCCGACACAACCUCGAAAAAAUCCGAUCGCAAGCGCAAACGCAACUCCCCCGCCGAACUUGACAUGUCUCUCGUUCGCGCUCAGCAGGACAGGGACGUCAUGAUGUCUGACGCGCCGCCCAUGCUCCACUCGGGCCUCACAGGCGGCCUGAAUCGUCUCCUGGCGAGACCCGAAUUCCCUCCCAGCCCGGAACUGUCGGGAGAGUAUGUGGAGAAUUCCCCGCUGAGUCCGAUGAAGCGCGCCAAGCAGGGGACAUCGAAAGCGCUGAUGCGCGCGCAGCGCGAGUGGGAGAUUCAGCAGGAGAAGGAGCGGAAAGCGGAGGCGAGAGAGGAGCUGCAGCGCGAGAGGCAGGAACGGAAGGAGAAGGAGCGUGGGAGGGAAAGGGAGCGCAAGGAGAGGAAGGCGAGUACGGCGUUGGUUAAGAUCAAGCCGAAGAAGAGACGGGACGACAGUGCGAGGGCGAGUCGGAGGUUGAGGCGCAGAAGGGGAGAAUCGUCUUCCGUGUCUCCCGAUCGCGAGCGCAAGGGUAUGAAAGCGAUUGAGUACCACGCACACGACGCGGACGGCAAUGGCAAUACCAACGGCGCGUUGAUCCUGCGCGACACCAAUAACGAACUCACACACAUGAAGAGCAGCAGUACCACCCUAUCUCGCGCCGAGCUCUUCAUGUCCUUCAUCACCAAAGGCCCCGAAUCGGAGCGCGGCAUGAGCGUCAACAAGGCGCUUAAGAGGUAUCAUCGGGAGCGGUAUGAGCGAGGCGAGCGGGACAUGGAGAAGAAGGACGAGGAGAAGGAGUUGUGGAAGAGCUUGCGGCUGAGGAGGAAUGAGAGGGGCGAGGUUGUGCUGUUCUUUGAGGGUGCAGAGUAGGGUGUUUGGUGCAGCGCCAGUGACAGAAAAAUCAAGAGAUGGCAGCAUU